UGAUGUAUUUGUCGCAUGUAAAAUAAUAAUGGCGUAGAAUGAGAGUGAAUGCUCUUGCUUGAUUAAUCUCAGUUGAUCUAUCAAUACAAAUUACAGAUUUUCUAACUAGCACAACUUGAUUGACAAUGUCGUCUUCAUUUAUGAUAUUACGACGCAGUAUCACAACUUCCUGCGUUUGUAAUGGAAAGCGGAAUUUUCGCAAAUUCCUCUUAUAUGGUAAACGUGGUAGUCGCAACUUCAAACAACAACAAGGAAAAAAUCCAGAUUCUGACAUACCAAUAGAUAAAAGAGGUGUAAGGGAUACUGGAUACAAAAUUGGUGAUAGAUUUAUUAAUGUGCCAGAGAUGAUUCCUGAAUUAAUUGUUCCUUCAUUAGAAGGUUUCACAUUGAAACCAUACGUAUCGUAUAGAGUAGGAGAAAUUACAGAGCCUGAAUUAACUGCUCAAGAUUUGUUUGAUGUAGUAUAUUCUAAAAAGAUAAAAGAAGACUUUGCAAGUGGUCAGUUGGACGAGAACGGAGAGCCUUUAAAUCCUAGUGAAUACGAAAAGCUCACGCCGCAGCAAGCCAAGGAGCAAGCUGAAAAAACAGGCUGUGAUCUUUUCUCUGAAAAGAAACCAUUGUAAGUUCUGCUAGAUUUUUUAAUUUAUAACACUAAUGUAAAUAUAAUUUCUUCUGUGGAUAUGUAUCGUGUCAAA